AUGUUUGGGUCAUCUAAGGACAGCUUGUCUACGGCCAGCAAUGUUGGGACCCCCCUUCACCCAUUUUAUCCCCUUGGAGUAGACAUCGUGGGCUACCUGGCUAACAAAUGGUCUGUCGCGACUUUGCUUGGCAUCUUCCUGGGAGGAUUGCUGGUAAUCCUGGGACUGACAUGGGCUUCCGUUUCAUGGUUCUCGCCCCGGCUUCGCAAACCUGACAAGCUCGUUUUUUUAUGGUUCAUUCUAAGCGGAACAAUACACUUCUUUUUCGAGGGCUAUUUUGCUCUCAACCAUACGCGUAUGGGCGCCGCACAAGAUCUAUUCGGCCAGUUAUGGAAGGAAUAUGCGCUUUCUGACUCGAGGUACCUGACAUCGGAUCCAUUCGUACUGUGCAUGGAGUCUAUCACUGCGCUUUGCUGGGGUCCUCUUUCCUUCUGCACAGCAUACAUGAUCACCGUCAAUCACCCUCUGCGAUACCCACUUCAGGCACUUGUGUCACUUGGCCAGAUAUAUGGCGAUAUCCUCUACUAUGCUACCAGCAUGUUCGAUCAUUACCACAAGAACCUGACUUAUUGCCGACCAGAAGCCUACUAUUUCUGGUUUUACUUUUUCUUCAUGAACUUUAUAUGGAUUGUGAUUCCUGGCGUUAAAGACCGUAUCCGACAAUGGCAGGAGCAAGGAGCCAAGGUUGUGUCCACGCCAGUGACCGACGACGUCUUGGACGUGGGUGAUGAAAAUGCUGGUGCCGGAGCGCCCUGCUCCGCCUCACCAGGCGCGAGAGAGGUUACAAGAGGCGCCGACACGACUCCGCGAAGAAAAACUGGUCGAUGGGUAGACCCAGAUAAUAAAGAAUGGAUCCGAGAAGUGCGCCGCAGCAGCAGCACACCCAGAAAGCGCGUCAUAAGCGAUGAGCACUGGAAGAAGAAGAAACAACAGCAGAAGGAGAAGCCGUCGCCUCGAUCUGGGGGCUCUACACCAAGGCAGGAGACACGGCAGGAGAAGCGUAGUUCAGAAGUACUCAAACACAGCUCGUCGAGGAUUGAGAGGGAGGAAAGGCGCCAGCGGAGGAAACAUCCUAGAUCGAGUACUGAGAGCGGCACCGUACGUGAUGCAGUUGCUGAGACUAAGCUUGACAAUACUUCAACCAGCCCCAGACCGCAUUUGGGCAAUGAAGAGAGCGCAUUUCAGUCAGACCCCGAUAGCGGAGUGGAUGACAGCCUUCCGAGACGACUUCAGGACAGGCGUCCUUCGACGCACCCGACCAAGGAACGUAGGAAGAGCCUUAGGUCCCCGUCUCGAACGGAAGAGAAACCUGUUCAGCGAAGUCAAUAUGCCGCGAUGCUAGACAAGCCACCAACAACAGCGCAGCAAUUCUUAGGUGUUCCGACAGGUAGCAUCCGCUCCGGAAAGGAUGGCAUCGGUAACGAUGAUAAAGAGAUGCUUGCUCGCACUGAGCCUGUGCAACCAACAUCUCAGAGACUACCAAGCAUUGAAGCUUGGCUAGAGGAACAGCCAGACCCAUUCAUUGAGGGUGAUCCUGGACCUGUUCUGAUUCCAGCGCCUUUAAAGACUCGAUCCAGUAAACCAAAGAUCGAGGUUAGCCCAAAGGCCGUGCAAGAUCCGAACAAGAUCUGGAAUUAUGUUGAGUCGGCGAGUCACAAGCCAGAUCGGGUCACCAGCUUAGGACGAAGGAGACGCAAAAAAUCUCGCAGAUCUCCAGACGCUGCCGGUCCUCGUUCUCCCGAUAGCACAGAUGCUGUGCGAGUGAGCGAGGAGACCCUAAGAGUCUCUUCAAGGUCACAAGAUAAAGAUCAAGACCCUAAAGAGGCAGUGUCGAACGGCCUAAAGAGGAGAGGAGCCAGAGCCUUGCGGAGUAGAACAGGUUCUUCACCUGUGAAACAGACCACUCCUGACUAUGAACCGGGCCAGGAAUCGGUCUCAACCACCAUAAUUGAGGCAGAGGUUGCUCCAUCAAGACAGAAUCCAUCAAGGCAAAUUCAACCAAGACACACGAGACCAUGUCCACCGACGGGUAUGCAUCGUUUGUCGACUAUAGCUUCAGUUGAGACGUUUCGAUCGCAGGCAGAAGCUGAAGAUGGUGCAAAUAUGCAGCCAAGAGACAGCAAUGGUCUUCAACGUCGGUUAACUACACACGAGGACCUCAUGUCAGUCCUCUCCUUACCUAGAGCUGGUGGUAGUAUCAAGUCUGCUAGAAGUGUCCGUACUGCGAAGAGCCGUAUGUCAAUGGCGACCUUGGGUGAGGUAUUUGAAGAGCUAGAGGUAGACGAGGCGAAGUAUAUGCGGGAGCUCAAAACGUUGGUGGAUGGUGUUAUUCCCGUUCUAUUGCAGUGUGUUCUGUCAAAAUCAGACUCAGCUGCAGCGGCUGGUCUUUUUUCCUCUUCGGGAAGUGCUCGCGAUGAUUUGAAUUUCACUAAACCGAUUGUUGACAUGGGAGUAGCCCUUGAACGACUCAAAACUUUGCACAAACGCAUUCCAACCAGCAACCUCAACUCACUUUUUUCUUGGGCACAGAGCGCACACAAAGUCUACAUCGAAUAUCUGAAGGCCUGGCGACUGGGCUUUCAAGACGUUAUUGUCAAUCUUGCUCCUCCUAACGAAGACACAAACGCUGAGAUAGACGAAGGUAUGGCUAGAGAUGAGAAUGGGGAUGUGGUCAACAGUGAUGGGAAGAAGGUUGACGUUGCUUACUUGCUAAAGAGACCUCUAGUGAGGAUCAAGAAACUGGCAAAAGUCUUUGCACGGUUGAAGGUCUUGAAACCAUCUUCAAAGUCGUCCACUGUAGCAGAGCAAUACGAUGAUCUGAUCAAAACAGCACGCAUGCGAUCUCAUGAGGAACAAUCACGGCUUGAGGAUGAAGCUGCAGCCAACGUCGAUGCAACAAAGGCCAGGGAUGUUCGGACUUUGGCUGUGCUUUCAGGGAUCAAAAUCAACAAGAGCAGAAGAGUGAAAGCUCGUGAUUGUUUCAGCCUCACAUUCUAUCACUCCAGUGGACAACGCCUAGACUGCCAAAUCGAGCUGUUCCUGCGUGAAGAUCAACCAGGAGUUACUGAAGGUGGAGAUCUGCUGAUCUGCGAGGUCGAAAACAAUGGGAUAUGGCUCUUAUUUCCUCCACUUGAGAGUGGCUCAAUAUCUGCACGACAUGGUGACAACCACGGUGAGAUUGUGAUCAUGGUUCGAGGGCUUGCCAGCUAUGGACAGGAAUUGCAUGAGCUCCUGUUACUUCACACCAGCGAUAUCGAGACUGCCACAGAAUGGGUCAACAUGCUCGCAACACAGCCAGUUCCCCCAAAGCUAAAUCGAACCUCGAGCUUCACGAACGGACGGAACAAAGACAUACUGCCUCUAAGCCAAGCGCGAACAAUUGAUGAAAAGCGUCUCCCACUGAUACCACAAUAUGCUACUGCCAAAGAGGUGGAGAUACCAAUCGGCGAGUCCGUUGUUGGUAGCGACGAGGACAUCAGACCGAGAACAGCUCCUAGUGUCUAUCAAGAUGAUCAAGUAUUUCAAAUCCAAUCAGAAAAUGUGCCUUACAAGCACUCACUUCUUCAAACACCGCUCAACAAAGAGGCCAAGGCAUUGCCAAUGAUACCGAAUUUGGCAUGUGAGGAUGAGCAGGUCAUCUCACCCCAUGCUCCUUCAUCUGAUACUUCUAGUCCUGGUUUGAGGCGGGCAAAAGUGGCUAGAAAGAGGCCAACUCGACUUGGCGAAACUGUCUCCAGCACACCCCUGGUACCCAGCUCUCCUAUACUACCCAGCCAACUUGCGUCAAGCACCGGCGCUCGAAAGAUUAGUCGUACAGACGACGCCUCACGAGAAUGGAUGACAUUGCCAUAUGCUCAGAGAUCUGCGUCUCCGGAUCGAGAAGAGAACGUCACACCAGACAUUUCGCAAUGCGGUCCUGAUGCCAAGUCUAACCCUCAGCGACCAGAGUAUCAUCGUGCAAUUUCUUCAACACCUUCCAAGGAGUUACCAACCGUCCACCGACUCCGACCGAGUAGUCCAGCAAGCAUACCUCUGACACAAUCAAUUCAAGAAAAGUGGUCUGCCAUCUCUAGUGCAGAGAAGAAGUCGAAGCAAGAAAAGAGCCAACCUAAGGCUAGUAUACUAGAAAACAAGAUCGACAGUCGACCUUCAGAUCCUGGAAUGUGCUCUGCAAACGAUAUCCCGACUCCCCCACCUCAUCGAUUACAAAGCCAGGCCCCAGUAGUUCCUCAAUUUACUGAAGCUGGAACGAUCCCACAUUCAUAUAAUUCAGCUCCUCGUCCAGGAAGUGCUAAAGCCGUGCCGCCUCUAACAUCUCAACAACCCUCUUCACAUAAAGGUCGACAUGACGAUCGCCGUUCGUCUUCACCUCUGAAGCACGAGUACGCGCCUUCCACAACAUCCGGGUCUGAUGAGUCUGAUGAUGAGUCGUUUACUUCUUCCGGGUCGGAGACAUCGACCGACGGUAUCCUUGAGCGAGGCGAUAGACCCACACCAUUAGUACCUAUUCAGGCAGCAGAGUUCAGAAGACCAGUCAGAGUCCCGCCUCCAGCUUCGUUGCCUAGUUUGCCAGCUGGUUCACUAGCUCCCUCGAAUUCGGCCUCUCAAGCUCCUUACCGCACGGUACCUCGCGUUUCCCUCCAAUCAAAUGCAACCACUUUCAAAACAGUCGCGACGGUUAGUUCAUGGUCAAACAAGGGCUUUUGGGAGAAUCUACAUCCCGACGAGUGCUCUGUCGUAGUCUCACCGGGUCUUAUUGAGGCGUACGAAAUGUCUGCGGCACAUAGUGGUGGCGAAACAAAGAAUGAUGGUGGAACCAUAGCAGACGGUUCGUCCUGCGAAGAGACUGAUGAUCAGGGGAUUCGACCACUCGUUGCAUUCGAGCUGACACCGCUGAUCCCCCUUCGACGUGGUACCGCAUUGGACAUCUCUAUCAGAUCGGAAUCUACUACUCGGUCAAAAGUCAAGACAAGCACCAAUGUCAUGUUCCGGUCUCGUAAUGCAGAGGAGUGUGAGGCAUUGUACGCCAUGAUCAACCACGCGAGAAUCAACAAUCCUACUUGGGAGGCGUUGAAACGGGCGAGAUCGAGAGAGAUGCCAGAUGCCACGUUCAAUACCGGACCAGGCUCAGCGCGGCACUCGAGGUUUGGGUCCCGAUCUGGUUCGUGGUUCGGACUCGGGGGUCUUGGAAGAAGAUCAUCCUACCGUGCUUCCUCUGCACCAGUUUCUCGGCCUCCAAGCAUUGGGGGCGAUUCUGAGACGAGCGUUGGAAGCAUGAGCAGUGCAUUCAGUGCUCUUCGUCGUUUCUCGGGUGGAGCAACCGGUGGCAAGGGAAUGUUCAAUCUCAAUCGCAGUUCGGUUAUCCGUAAGAAUCGACGUUUCGGCACCAGCGCUUCUGCUUCGUUGUAUUCUUCGUCCAGUGGGACCACGGGGACAGGAGGUUCGGGGAGUGGUGCGAACAGUCCUGCAGCGAGUCAAUUGGGUCUAGUUUCUCCCACAGCAGAUCAGACAACAGCCGCAGCCGCAGCGACAGCUCCUAUUGGCACAAUCAACAACUUAAAGAUUCGGCUGUAUCUACGCGAGUCGGGUGCAAAGUGGAGGCAUAUGGGAGCAGCCAGAUUGAGCGUCCUGCCAGCUCCGAUCAUCAAUAACAGUAUUGCAGAUGGGUCGGCCGCACAAACAGACAAUGACUCGUCACCUCCCGGAACCACCGCUGGCUCUCGACCGCCCUCUACAUUAAUUGUCGGACAGCCAGGCCGGAGCCGUGGACCUCGACUGCCAUCUUCGAAUCACACCCCUCACCGCGUGCAUGGCAAUGGUAAUGAGAAGCGGAUUGUGAUCACCGGAAAGACCAAAGGCGAGCUUCUUCUAGACGCAACCCUUCAUGAGAGCUGCUUCGAGCGCGUUGCCCGCACGGGUAUUGCCGUCAGCGUCUGGGAAGAGCACGAAGAGGUGGCCAAGAGUGGAGGCGUGGUCGGUGGAAAGGGGAGAACCUACAUGAUCCAGAUGAUGGGUGAAGCUGAGGCGGCUUGGUUGUUUGGGAUGGUCGGUCGGCUCCGGUAUUGA